CAGCCGACGGUGUACGAGGUCUACUCGACUGAACACACAGCAACGACAGCAUUCUCGAACGAGCUUCACACUACGGGGAGCAUCCGAGGAGCAUCGAGACACAAUUCAAUAACUUGUCGCGUCAAAAAUUGUUUGUACUGUUCGUAGUCAGCAUCGUCAUGAAAUACUUCACUUCCGCGUAGUAAUUUCGGGUUUUAGACUGCUCAGUGUGUGUUAGGUGACAAGAACAGAUUCAGCCUCUGCGGUGGAUUUUGUACAAUGACAUGGUGCAGUUAACUACUUCUUUCAACUUCCUCAUUUCAUUGUUCCACACUGAUGAGUGAUUUGCUGCUUGGUCGUCUUUGUUCUCAUCAACUCUUAGCUUUCGUCGUACAUUUUAGCUGAGACAAAGAAAAAGAGAGAAAGAGCAAAGAAGAAAGAAGUUUCUCAAGUUUCCGAAGUUUCUAAAGUCUGAAGGAUUACACACAUCGCAUAAAGCGCGAAAAUGAGCGUCAUAAUCAGGCUGCAAAACCUGGCAUGGUCCGCCAACGCAUUGGACAUACGCCAGUUCUUCCGGGGCUUGAGUAUUCCGGAGGGAGGAGUGCACAUUGUCGGCGGCGAGCUGGGAGAUGCGUUUAUUGCAUUCAGCACCGAUGAAGAUGCCCGGCAGGCGAUGAUGCACGACGGUGGUAAGAUCAAGGAAAUGAAGAUAAAACUGCUGUUAAGUUCUCGCACAGAGAUGCAAAAGGUAAUCGAAGCUGCCCGACAACAAACCCUGAAUCUACAGACUUUCAUGCAGACGCCAGUGGCAGUGCCGCCGGUGGUUCAGGCGAAACCGGGCUCACCGAAUGAGAGGAGGGACAAGGAGAAUGAGAACGAGUCCAACAAAGAGCGAAAAGAGCGGCGUGACCGCUCGAGAUCGCGAGAUCGAUCACGAUCGCGCGACCGCGACAGGGACAGAGAUCGGCGCGAUCGUGAUCGCGGGAGGGAUCGACGGAGACGGGACCGUAGUAGGUCUCGUGACCGAGAGCGGGACAGGAGGGACCGACGACGUCGCCGAGACCGUUCCAGGUCGCGAGAUCGCACGAGGUCGCGCGACCGCGACUCGAAGAGAAACUCGACGGGUGAUCGGCGCAAAGACGCCAAUAAUGAAGACGACAACAACGACGUCGUGUGCGUCGGCCAGUUUCAAAAGGACAAGCCAGCAGCGGGGGCGAAGAAGCCGAUGGAGAACGGCAUAUGGGAAGUGCCGCCGCAGACGCAGAUGCAAGCGGCUCUGUUGGCGCCGGGUAUUCUUGGUGCCGGAGUUGCGGCUUUGUCUCAGGACUCGGAGCAGCGAUCUAUAGGCUUCGGCACACCGGUGAUAAGCCAGCAGCCGAUGUUGCAGUCGAGCCAGUUCUCCAUCAACGGCCUCAACGGUGUGAAUAACCUGAUGCAGCCGCACGUGCAGUCUCUCAGCCACACGGUAGGCAUAACGCCGCUGUCGCAAAACUUGAACAGCAGCAGUCUACCCAGUCUGGGAAAUCUGACGCGCCCCAAGGAACCCUGGAACCAGCAAAACGAACAGAACAGACUGGAACAGACGCGAUUCCCCGGCAGGUCGAAUCAGUUUAAUAGCCAAGAGUACGGCGCCAACGGAAAUUACCGUGGCGUCAGGCCGAAUAAUCCCUUCUUGAACAAGGUUCAAGAGCUCGAAGGCCGUCGUAAUCCGCAUGCAUUCCAGGCCGGCUCUACCAGCUACGGGAACUUCGAGAAUGAGCGCCAGUCGUCCGGCAGGAAGUCCGGCAACUCUCGAUUUUCCAACGACAACAAGAGCAGCGGCAGCAGCGGCAGCAGUAACGGCCAUUGUGUCGAAAUUCGUAAUAUGCCGUUGAACGCGACUUAUUCGGACUUGCGUCACGCUUUUCAAGGUAUCUACAUUCGCAAAGAUGGCAUGAAGAUAAUCAAUGACAACCACGGUAAUCGCGUCGGUAUCGCGUACGUCAAGUUCGGCAAGGCCGAAGGCAAGGAGCUUGCGCUCAGCACGACGAGAUACGUGCGAGGCUCCGAGGUGGAGGUCCUGCACUUGGACGAGAGCAUCUUCGACAAGACCGUGAAUUCCUAUUCACCUGACAAAGAAAGGUCGGAGGAGAAUGCCGAGAGCGACUUGAGAAACUCCACGUGCAUCUUGUUGACCGACCUGCCCUCUUUCACCAAGGAGAUGGACAUAGCCAAGCUAUUCCACGACUGGAAGAUCAACGAUCUCUUCAUCACCAACAGCAAGGAGGGCGGCACGACUCAGUACAUGGCUUACGUGCAGUUUGCGCGGCUGGAAGACGCCAAGUCGUCGAUCACCGCGUCGCUCAAAAUAGGAAAUAAGCCGGUGACCGCGACCGCCAUCAGCGAGGACGCGUUCUCGCAAGCGAAGCGCGAGCACGAACAGGCGAGCAUGAACCAGACCACUUCAUCAGACUGCAUCAUUAUGCGUGGUUUACCUUUCCAGACGAUUGACCGCGACAUCUUGGACUUUUUCUCUGACAUCGGCAUCGUGCCGCACCGUAUCCACAUGAUGCUCAACCAGAACGGCAAGCCGGCUGGCGAAUGUUUCUGCGAGUUCGACACGACUGACGAAGCGCUACGCGCCACCGCCAAAAACGGCCUGCCGUUCGGUAAGAAUGUGCCUACUAUGGAGCUGGUACCGCGCGCCAAGAUGCUCGAGACCCUCGGCAUGGUGGAUCCUCAACAGAUGAUGGAGGCUCAGCAACAGCACUUUCCGCCUCUGCAAGAGCAAAGACCGCGCUUCACUGGCCCGAUAGGCCACAUGCCGCCGCGCUUCGGCAACUCCGGUUUCGGGCCCAGGUGUCCACCCGGAAUGAUGGGCAUGCCACGGCACAUGAUGGGCCGUCACCCACCGCCCAUGGAUUGCGUCGAAGGUUUUGGCAAGCCCGGUUGCGUGCUCUCGCUGGAGAACGUGCCGUUCAAGGCAGACGUCAACGAGAUCAUCGACUUCUUCGGCGACUUCGACGUGAAGCGGGACGACGUAAUCCGCCGGUACAACGACAGGGGCAUGCCGACGGGCGACGCGCGGGUGGCUUUUGCGUCUCCCAGCGAAGCGCAGCGAGCUCUCAGAGAACUCAAGCACUGCAAGAUGAGGGAGCGCACCAUAUACAUGAAACUAACGUGAGUUUUGCCGCUCGGUCGUGCGAAUUAUGCGGAGAAGACCACCGAUGCUGAUGAACUCCCCAAAGGACUCGGCUGAUGAGGUCCGGUUGGAUCCAUUGGAUUGCGCUAUUCAUAGGUUCCUUGCGAAGCGAAGUGUGGUCCUUCGAGAAUCUGCGUUCCCUGGAGUGAACACAUCAGUCUUACAUGGUCUUACAUUUCUCGCCAACGCACGAGCAGAGCGCGCUGUAUAAACACCGUAUGGAUGGUGGGCGUCUUUUUGCGCGCGAAGAAGACAGUAUUUUCUCAUUGAACAUUCUUACGUGAUAUGAGUUUGCGUUCUUCGUGUCGAAGACGGUAUUCCCUCAUGAAUUUCACGGGACACACUUCGUGUUGAUGGUGUACAUAGAAAGCGUAGGAUUUUAUCAUAAGGUUAAUUGUUAGAUCGACAUCUGCAGCGUGUCGCUCGAUGUAUUCCUUUUGUCUACAGUGGUUGAGGAAAUUCAAUAUUUUCUCACGACACGGUGUACAUUCAGGUGUCGAGAACUGCGCGAUUGCGGCACUCGGUGGCAAGUGGAAAAUCAUUCAUCAUUAACGACGAAUUUCUUGAACGACGACGGAAAGGUGAAUCGCGCUUUAUAUCCAUAUAUGAAAUAGUGUACGUUAAUUCCAGAGGGUUGACGAAUGGACGUAUGGUAAAUGAUAUUACCGAUAUGUCGGAAAAUCUUGUUGCUUUGUUACAGAAAUGAAAAUAAACGGGGACGAAGUCCCAUAGUUUACCAAGCUUUUGCGAUUAAUAUCUUUUGAUAAGGAAAAAUCGAAUAUAUGAUUGGGUAUUUUUUAAUAUUAUUUCAAUUGGUAUUCGCAGAAAACUACAAAUGUUACAUGAUAUUCUCUUAUCGAUCGACCACUACAGAGAAUUUGUUCGAUGUAUUAAUGAGAGACGGCAGCGACCGCGAAAUAGACUAUUUUUCUAAUUUCAUCUACUCGACGUUGUAUCACAUAACGACGAAUGCGAUCAAACGACUUACGCUAUGUGACGUCUAAACACACACACACACACACACAAUCAUUUUUCGUGAGAACGUGAUGAACGGUAAAAUAUGUAUGUAUUGGAGAGCAGUUUGAUAAGUUUAGUAAACUUCUAUAAGAUGGCGCUAUAAUAUAUUUGGUGACCUGGAAAUUCCAUUCUUCAGAUCCCUCGAGGUAAAAUUUGCCAGAAAUCGGUCAAAAGUAACAUGUUUACGUCUGGUAAUCGUUUGAAGCGGUUUAAUGAUUGCCGCAAAAAUAGAAAAAAAAACGGAUUCUGUGCAAUAAUGAAACAUUUAUUUAAAAAAGUGGACAACAGCAUAGAUCAAAGCCAAGUUAAAUAAAGUGCGUGGGGACUCUGCUCCUGCAUUGAAAACCGUAUAUUUCUGGAUAAGUGAAUUUAAAUAUAGUCGAAACUGCACUGAAGACGAAACGCGCUCCAGACGUUCAGUUGAGGUCACCAACUUCGGAUAUCAUGGAAAAAACCCAUAGUAUGGUUAUGGAAGAUUGGCGAGUGAAGAUGUGUGCACGAUUGCUGACUCUAUUUCAAAAACAUAUGCGAAAGAACAUUUCAACGUAGGAUUUGACGAUGUUAAACGCAAUGUGCAGGAUUUUUUGUGUCGAUUCAUGAGUGUGGACGAAUCGCUUCUGAGUUGAAGAAGCAAUCAGAGCAAUGAACAAUGUCUGGUAAAGAUGUGUCGAAGAAGACGAAGACUUUUUGUCGGCUGGAAAGAUGAUAGCCAUUGUUUUUUUAGAUUCCCAAGGAAUUAUCCUGAUUGAUUACUUACGAAAGGAUGGUAAUACGUGCGGUAGGAUGACAAUAAGAGAGUACUGUGCAACAUUAUCGAAUCGCUUGAAAGAAGAGCUGAAAAAUAAACGUCAAGAUUGGCAUGCAAAAGAGUACUUUUCCAAGUUCACUGCUUUGACUGAUUCUUCGACUCAAAAGUGUAGCAAUGAAUCUAAAUUUCGUCACGAAUUGGCACCAAAAAUCCUACGGGUUGCGCUCAAAUUUCAUCAAAUACUGCGUUGAAACGUUUUCUUGCGUGCGUUUUAGGUUAAGAGUCAGCAAUCGUGCACAGUUUUUUCACAUGCAAUUUUCCAUGUAAGAUGUCAUGCACUCGUUCCAUCAAGAUGCCUACGCCCUGAGCAAUCUCACGCAUCUUUACUUGUCAAUUCUUCGUAACCAUGGAUUUUUCUCACGAUAUUCGACAUGAUGACUUCAACUGUACGUCCAUGGCAGGUUCGACCAUGUUUAAAUUCGCUUAUCCAGAAAUAUGCGGCUUUCAACGCGGGAGCAAAGUCUAUGGAGCCCCAAGUCGCUAUGGACUUUGUCUAACUCGGCUUUGAUCUGCACUGCUGUUCACUUUUAAAGAAAAAAAUAUGUUUUAUCAUUGCAUGGAAUUCGUUUCUUUUUAUGUCAGCUGCUAAACCGCUCACUUUAAUCGAACAUAAACAACGCUGUACCAUCAUAUAUAUAUUCGACGCAUAUUUUAUUCGUUACGUUCUCAGAAGAAAUGACAACAUAUAACGUAAUGUAACAAUAACAAAGACAUAAGUUUCAUCGCAUUUGCAAUUGUCGUUGAACUUUUGUCUCUGCCAUUGUAUCGAACGUGUCCACCGCCUAUGUCAGCAUUGAGUUUGACGAUCUUGUCUGAGCCGCGUUCAAAUUUAAAUUAUUACGCUAUUCUCUAAUCGUUUUCUUACUGCCGGUACUUGGAAAGCAUCUCGAUACACUUAUAUUUACUACUUCAAUAAUUAUAUGUUAUAGUUAAUUUACAUUAUUAUCAGGAGUAUAGUAGUCAGUAGCGUUAACAUGUUUCUUGUUAAUAUCGGUAACUUCGAGGAGAGUCGAGUUUCUUCAUAAAAUAACCGCAACGCGUCUCGA